AUGCGGGCAACCCUCGGGCCGGCAGUUGACGUUGCUGGCAACAUCAACGACCGAGAUGGGAGAUUCCCAGCGAAACCAGUUUGGAACGGUCUCCGCAAGCUUACUGUUGUAGCUGUUUGUGUUAUCAACCAAGUCUUGGCGGCCUUCAAGGAAGCUCCUAUGCAUCACGUUGCCCACCAGCACGUUGAUGUCCGCUUUCGCUUCACGGGCGCUCUGGACUAUUGCUCCCAUAUCACCAAGCAGCCCUUCAGGUCCCUGAACACUCCAGCCGAGAUCAUUGAAACCCAAGAGCAGAAGGAGAUAGGCUGGCUGAUGCUCUUGAACCCAUCCCUUGAUCCAGUCCUUGUCUUGAUGGGCUUGUCUUCCCCACCAAGCAGCGUGGGCAGAAGAGUCCUGCGUUUCGCCCUCAAAACGGGCUGGCAACGGCUGGGCAGAGUUUGGGCGAUAACGCCAGGUGUGGUCUCCGUCUGCACCGAAGAGGAGAGCACUCCAUAG